AUGAAGAAAAUUAAGAAGAUGGAGAAUGAGACCAUUUCAAAGCAACUUACUCUUGAACAGUUACGGCGUGAAAAAAUUGACCUUGAAAAUACAUUGGAGCAAGAACAGGAGGCUCUGGUCAACAGACUGUGGAAGCGGAUGGACAAACUUGAGGCUGAGAAAAGGAUCCUUCAGGAGAAGUUGGACCAGCCUGUGUCAGCUCCUCCCUCCCCCAGGGAUGUUUCCAUGGAGAUUGACUCGCCAGAGAACAUGAUGCGGCAUAUCCGCUUCCUCAAGAAUGAGGUGGAGAGGCUGAAGAAAAGCCUUCGCACCACAGAGCUGCAGCACACUGAGAAGCGAGCACAGUACAUCGAAGAGGAGCGGCACAUGAGGGAAGAGAACAUCCGCCUGCAGAGGAAGCUGCAGAGAGAGAUGGAGCGGAGGGAGGCACUGUGCAGACAACUGUCUGAGAGCGAGUCCAGUCUGGAGAUGGACGACGAGAGGUACUUCAACGAGAUGUCUGCCCAGGGUCUGCGAGCACGUACUGUCUCUAGCCCUAUCCCAUAUACUCCCUCUCCCAGUUCCAGCAGGCCUAUAUCACCUGGCCUGUCGUACGGCAGCCACACAGUGGGCUUCACACCUCCAGCCACACUGUCCCGAGCCAUGCCACACUACAACACGCCUGCCCUGCACGUACACGGAAGCGCCUCUCAUGCAGUAGCGAGGCCCUCCCCGAGAAGAAGCACCAGCCCCGACAAGUUCAAGCGUCCGACCCCUCCGCCCUCCCCUAACACGCACUCGGGGGCCCUGUUGCCUCAGCCUCCUCUUCCUCCUCCUGCUCAGCCCAUGGUCCAGUCCAUGUCCUCCCCGGCUGCUAUGCACACCGCCGGAGCCAUGACAGCACAGCAGCCUCCCUCCCAGCCUUAA